AUGUUACGAAGAAAUAUUAAUUCAUUGUAUUUUUUUAAUAGAUACAAAAAAAAUGUGGAAAUUACUAUUUAUAGAAUAAUAAAUUAUACCGAUCAUUUUGUCAAGGAAUUUUGCACAAAUAACACGAGAUACAGAAAAAUAACAGUUAUUCCAUUUGAUAAGAAAAAUAUAAAAUUAGAAUAUAAAAAUAUUCCUUUUGAUUUGGAUGAUUUACAUCAGAAAAGUAAAAAAGAAAUAUUAAAUAUAUACAAAAUUAUAAGAGAUAAAAAUGAAUUAAGUAAAUUACCAAAUGAUUUUAUAGACAAUUUAUUUGAAUGCACUAAAAAAUAUGUUCGUUCAUUGUUACCUUACGAAUUUGUAAAAAUUUACAAAACAUUAAAUAUUAUUAAAAAAAAUGAUAAACAACUAAAUUUAUUAUUGCAUCAACAAAUAAAAAGAAUUUACAAAAAUUUUGAUGUAACAAGUAUAAGUAAAUUAUUUCAAAUUUAUAUUUUUACAAAAUCCAAGCCGAUAGAUUUAAUAAAAAAAUUAUCAGAAUCAUUUCUCAAUAAUAUAAAUGAUAGUAAUCCAUGGAAUAUAAGAGAAAUAAUUUCUAUUUUUUGUUAUUUUAAAAUUGAUGCGAAAGAGCAUAUUGAUUUACUUUAUAAAAAAUGUCUCCCAUAUAUAUCGAAAAAUAUAAUGAAUUACACUCCAAAAGAUGUUACAAUAAUUUUUUAUAGUUCUGUAAAAAUGAACAAACAAAACACCAUCUUAUGUAAUGUAGUAACUAAAAAUGUAAUUCUAAAAAUAAAUAGUUAUCAAUUUCAUCAAUUAGCAAUUAUAUUGAAUAGUUUUUCUAAGAUAGGUGAAAAAAAUAACAAAUUGUGUAAAGUAAUAUGCGAUAAAAUUAAGAAAAAAAUGGAAUUGUCUAAAAAUUCAAAUAGUUCCUAUGAUUCAAAUUAUUCUAGUAGUACAAGUAAUGUUGAUAAAUGCGAAUAUAUUAAUGAUAAUAGUAAUUUGAAUAAUAAUAAUAAUAAUAACAAGAGCUAUAAUUUAAAUGAUUUAACUAAUAAAAAUUCUGAAAUCACAUACAAAAUAAAUGCAUAUGAUGAUGAGGUAACAGAAAUAAAUGAAGAAAAUUAUACCAUACAGCAUAUCAAUAUAAAAAACAAAGAUAAUAUAAAAAAAAAUAUUGAAGAAAAUAAUUUAUUAGAAUCCCAAAUAUUGAAACCUAAAGAUGUUUCAAUUAUAUUAAAUUCACUAGUAAAAUUAGAGUAUUACGAUAAUGAAACAUUUAACUGCUUAAUUCCAUAUAUAAUAAACAAUGCAUCAUAUUUUUCUCCUCAAUCUUUAAGUAAUUUAGUUCAUUCUUUUUCGCAUAUUCAAAUAAAUAACGCAUUGCUACUAGAUAAAAUUGUUAGUGAAUCAAUAAUGAAAAUUCACAAAUUUAAAAAUAUAGAAAUGAGCAAUUUAGCGAAUUCAUUAAUUAGAUUAAAUAGAAAAGAUAAAACAUUAUUUACAUAUAUUAUAGAUGAAUUUCUAUACCGUGCAACUAUAGGAUCAAAAUUUAUAAAUUAUGAUUUUGACAUUUUAUCAUUGCAACAAUUUGCAUAUUCAUUUAGUAACAUAGGUUUAAAUGAUAAUAAGGUAUAUAUUAUUCUAUAUAAAUUAUUAGUAAAAAAAAUUAAUCAAAUAAACAAAAAAAACAAAAAAUAUGUCAAUUUAAUAGGAAAAGAUGAGAAAGAAAAAGAAAACAAAAAACAGAAAAUAAAGGAUACAGAAAAUAAUAUAGAUUUAAUUCCAAAUAAUAAUUAUAAUAAUCUUAUGAGAACUAACAUAAAUUUUGAAAACAAUUUUGAUUUUUUUUCAUUGGCUACAUUUAUAAAUUCAUAUGGUAAAGUAAAAAUUCAUCACAAAAACUUUUCUCAUUUCAUUAGUUAUAUAAUUAGAAAAAAAAAAAAAAACAAUGAAAUUCUUUCUAAUCAAUCCUUAAGUAAUAUAAUAUAUGGUUUGCUAAAAUUAGAAAUAAAAGACAAAAAAAUAUACAAAUUUUUACUGAAGGAAAGCAUUGAAAAAAUAGAUUCAUUGCAGCUAUUACAAAUAGUGUUAUUAUUAUAUUCUUUUAGCAAAUUAAAAAUAUAUUCCUAUAAAUUUGUUAAAAAAUCAAUUCAAAUAUUAAGUAUGAACAUUAAUGAUUUAAGUUUAUCUGAUUUAUCAUUGACAUGUUAUUCUUUAUCAAAUUUUUUAUAUAGAGAUCUAAUUUUUUUAUAUAAAGUUAAUAAAAUUAUUCUUCUAAAUAAUUAUGAAUUUAAUUCAAAAAAUGUUUCUCAAUUUUUUAAUUCUUUUACUAAGUUAUGUUUUUAUCAUAAACCUUUUUAUGAUUUCAUAUUUCGAAAAAUUCAAACAUUCAUACAUGAAUUUAGUGAAAAAGAAUUAACAAAUAUUGUGUUUUCUUUUAUUUACUAUUUUCACAUGAAGAUGCUGCAUUUUAGUUCUCAGCAAAAUAGCUCCUUAAAUAAAAAGCAAAUUUCGGAUAUGAAAACUGCUAACGAAGGAACUUCAACUGAAUUAAAGAAUAAAAUAAGUGAAAUAAAAACAGAAAAUAUUUAUCAUAUAAAUGAAAAAUCUAAUAAUUUAGUUGAUAAAAAGAUUAUGGGAUAUUCCAAUUAUAUUAAUAAUAAUAAUAAUAAAAUUUCUAAUUAUGAUAAUGAAAAUUAUAUGUUUGAAACGAUUAAUAAAAUUAAUAACUGUUCAAAUACUAUUGAAGAAUUCUUUAAAAAUGAAUUAAAUUUAUUUUUUAAUUUAAUUUAUAUUUUAAAUGAAAAAUAUCGUCAGAAAAUGUCAUUGAUUAGUGUAUAUCAGCUACAAAUUGUUGAUUUAUAUUUAAGAGCAGUUUUUUCUAAUUAUUUCCAUUUUCCUAUUUAUUUAAAAAAUUUCCUUUUUAAAUGUAGAAGUGUUAAAUUAAAAAUAGAUGACUAUAUAGUAUUAUCAUCAAAAACACAUAGAAAUAUUUCUAAAUUUUUAAAUUUAGUUGGUAUAAGUCAUAGAAGCGAAGUUCAAUUUGGACCAUAUCAAUUAGAUAUUGUUGUGGAUUUUUUACAAAACAAAAAUAAAAUAUAUGAUUUUAAUUGGAUAGAGGAUAAUACAAAUGAUAUAAACUAUAAUGUAAUAUAUAAAAGCGGAAGAUUAAAAAAUGAAUCAAUAAUAAAAAAAGAAAAUACCCAUCAAAAUAUAGUAAUUGAAAAAUUAUUGAACAAAAAUAUUCUAAUAGAAAUAGAUGGUAUAUCUCAUUUUUACAAAGAAAGCUUUAGUAGGACUCUUAAUUCAAUUAUAAAAGAUUUUAUUUUAAAAAAAUUUGGAUGGUAUGUAAUACAUAUACCAUAUCAAGAAUGGAAUCAAUGUUUAAAUUUCAAAAAGAAAUUAUUAUAUUGCAUACAUAUCUUGAAAUAUAUAUUGGAAAUAAGUAAAGAAGACAUUUGUAUAAAAGAUUUCAUUCAUUUUAUUAACAAUAAUAAACAGAAAGAAGAUUAUCAUUCGAGGUUAUCAAUAAAUAAAAAUAUAUUAAAUGAGGGUAUUUAUUGUGAGAAAAAUAUAGAUGAAAAAAAUGUAAAUAAUGAACAUAUAGACGCAGAGAAUAUAAACGAUAAUGCUUUACCGGAGUACUAUAAAAUUAAUGAAGAAAUUAUUUUUUUUAAUCAAAUAAAAAAUAAAAAUAAAAAUCAGCAAAAUAUUAUGAAAAAACUUAGAGAACAGGAAAAAUUGCAAUAUAAUUAUAAUCUAUCAUUUCAAAAAGAUGAUUCAACAAAAAAUCAAAAAAGUACUUCCAAUAUAUAUCUAAAAAACGAGGAAUCCGGUAGCGAAGAUGACGAAAAAUAA